AUGUCCUUGAUCGUCCGCAAAUUCCACUUCCUCGAAUCCCCUCGCUACAUCAUGGCUGACUUCCACCACACGACCUCUCCCCAUGAUCGUUCCCGUUCCACUUCCCCUCCCUUCAUCCUCCGUCCUGUCUCAACCGCCACCGAUGACUCUAACGACUCUUACGACUCCCUUGCCUCCGUCAACCACAUUGACGGCAUCACUGUAGACGACCCACACCUCGAAAUCGGCGUCCCCGGUCUCCCUAGUCGCAUCAUGAACCCCCACACGCCCAGUGCUGGGCAAAUAUUUGCUCUGUUUAAUACCAUUCCCCGCAUUCUCAUUCCCGUCUACCCUUCCCCCAUCUAUAACUUGACCCACUACUUGAACCCCAACCUUGUCGGCGCACUCUAUCACAUCACCUUCACCGAUGACGAGGACCCGAUCAUGCUGGAACAAUCCGGGCUGGACGAUCCCACAAACUUCUUUUUCUAUUUACAGCAGAUUGUGAUGACGCGAGCGUAUCAGGUACACCAGGGACCGCUGGACCGACAUCAGAUGACCCUUCUCUCAAACCUCGCCAUCACCAACUAUAGGAACAAGGGACUCAUUAAUCUCCCAUCACUCCGCAGUGACAUGAUCAGCUACCGUCCUACCGGGUAUAGCUCCCUCGCCAUGAGUCUCCUCCUCCGCCACUCCCCAACCGAAUGGGUCGACACUCUUGCACGAAUUCCUUUCCGACGGAAUACCAUCCGUUGGUUCCGCAUUACAGGGUUUGGAAGAGAACGGCUGGUCAUUGAAGAAUACAUGCCGGGAGGAACGCUGCCGGAACGCCUCUUUCCCACAAAUAGUCGAGGGGAGCAGCACGUCGCCGCGUACUGGUCCGAAGGGUCUAACCCAUCAGACAACGUGAGGCCCUGGUACAUGGCAAGAUCGGACGUCAUGGCAGAGGAUGGGUAUCACUUGCUCCGACCUGAGGAGCUUCUUUACGAGUCACAGAGGAUCAUUGAUGCUCCGGGAACCUCCGGAAAUAUUGCACGUCCCCCCGUCAAAUCCCUCAUCCUCUCCCUCCCUGUGCUCAGAGAGUCACCCCUAGCACCAAUUCCCCUCCUCGCACCUUCGCCGCCCCUUCCCCCUCUCCAGCUUGACAUCCCGGUGCCUUUUCAACAUGUGGUCUCGGCCGAAAGGACCACGGCAGUUGAAGAACGGGCAAUGGCCACACUCCCACAUGCUCACACCGACCCCUUCCCGGGAAACCAGCUUGCCCCUAUCCCUAACCUGGACGAAGACAAUCCCAUGCUCCCCGCUAGUCCCCCUUACGACCCCGAACAAACCGUCCGGGAUCGCGAGGCUCGUCGACCACUUCCGAUGCCGCCCCCAGCACCCCCUGCUACACCCUCAUCCACGACCCUCGUCGAGGAAGGCCCCGCCCCUACUGAGCCUGUCGACGCGUCCUCCUCUCAACCUGCGACGGUUCCAGUCGCGUCGGAAGACUGGCGCGAAGGAGCACGUGCAUCAGAACGCGUCUGGCCCGCAACCCCCGCUUUCACCCCUUCUCCUCCCGCGCCUCCUGCUUCACCAGAGGUACGCUAUUGUUGGGAAUGCGGACGUAGCGGACAUCUCCUCGCAGCCUGUUCGAUCACACGCAUUCGGAUGCGGACGGACGUCACAGCGCAUCAAUUUCUACACGAUUAUGACGCGCAUCGCGGAGCCACUAAUCGUCUUAGAUUGCAGAUGGAUAAAGUGGCUGAGGAAUACGGUUAUCACAAACAGGCCUGGGAACGCAUAAUCGACACGACCCUCUGGACUGGUUACCCCAAUCGCUCCAUCCCCACCUACGAUAUCAACAACCUGCACGAGCCACCGCCAACAACCGGUCCACGCCAUAAACGCCGAAGACUUGUGUAA